UUGAGGUCGACUCUGCUUUCUUUAAUCAGCCUCUCUCUCUCUCUCUCUCUCAGAUCAAUCACAUGCUGCUGCUGUUGCUGUAAACUUGGAGACGUUAAGAAACAAGGCGGUGCUACAAUGGGAGCAGAGGGGUCAUAUCCUACACAGCAGUAUGACGUUUACUCUCCUCAACACUGGGUGAAGCUCUGCCUGUCCCUCAGUCCCUCCUGGAAAACACUGGCAGGAGGUUGCAGCUCAGCAGCUCAGCAGCAGCAGCAGCAUGGAAGUAACCAAAGGAGAGGAGCGCUCAGCUGAACAGGCUGCUUCUUUGUUUGGGUCACCAGAGCUGGAGAGUCAGAGGAGACACACUGAGAGGGGAAAGAAGAGGAAGAAAAUCAUUAUUGUGGUUCUCCUGCUGUGCUUACUGGUGACCAUCCUGGCUCUGGCGAUCGCACUGAGCAAGAGCAGUGAUGUGAAAGCUGGAGGCGAUGUCUGGCUGCAGACAGGAGGUGAAGAAAUUCAAGAGUCAAUGUGUCCACCUGGCUUCUCCAGGCCUCCUCUCAUCCUGCUGUCCUUGGACGGUUUCAGGGCCGAGUACCUGAAAGAUCACAGCAGCCACAUUCCUGUCAUCAACAAGUUACGAAACAACGGAACAACGACGCCACACAUGAGGCCUGUUUAUCCCACAAAGACUUUCCCCAACCACUACAGCAUAGUGACUGGUCUUUAUCCCGAGUCUCAUGGGAUUGUGGACAACAAGAUGUAUGACGUGAACCAAAACGCUUUAUUCAGCUUGAAAACUAACGAGAAAUUCAACCCAAAAUGGUACCAAGGAGAGCCAGUCUGGCUCACUGCGAUGCGUCAGAAGCUGAAAGCAGGAACUUUCUUCUGGCCCGGCUCAGAUGUACCAAUCAACGGCACCUUCCCAGACUUUUACAAGCGUUUUGACAAGACCAUUACAUUUGAGCAGAGACUGUCCACGGUGUUUGAAUGGCUCAGUUUACCUCAGGGAGAAAGACCUGACUUCUACACUUUGUACCUGGAUGAACCUGACCAAUCAGGACAUCGUCAUGGGCCAGCGAGCUCCCAGGUCGUUCAGGCCUUGGAAAAUGUGGACAAGAUUGUGGGCAUGCUGAUGGAUGGCCUGUUGGAGAGAAACCUGCACCGCUGUGCCAACAUUAUGAUCAUAUCAGAUCACGGCAUGGAGGAGGCUUCGUGUGAAAAGGCAGCAUAUGUGUCAACCUACUUCCCCGAGGCCGACGGCUUCAGCGUCAUCCAAGGCCCGGCUGCUCGCAUCAGACCCACCCGCCUCCCGGAGGAUUUCUUUUCCUUCGACUACGACGGCGUGGUGAAGAACCUGUCGUGCAGGAUGCCUGACCAGCCAAUGAGGCCGUACCUCAAAGAACACCUCCCCAAAAGGUUUCACUUUGCUAACAACAAACGCAUCGAGAGAGGACACCUCUAUAUGAAGGAGGGGUGGCAGGCGGCGCUCAACAGCCAGCAAAUCAAGUACUGCACCGGUGGAUUCCACGGCUCAGAUAACCUCUUCACCCACAUGCAGGCGAUCUUCAUUGGCUACGGUCCAGCAUUUAAAACGAACACUGUCGUGCCGCCUUUUGAAAACAUCGAACUAUAUAAUCUCAUGUGUGAUCUCCUAAGUAUUCGUCCCGCUCCGAACAACGGGACUCACGGCAGUCUGAACCACCUCCUGAAGCGUCCCCUCCACCUGCCAGUUCACCCAGCGCAGCUCUCCCAUGACACCCCCUGUGAGGCCAGUGACCCCGUCCGCGCUGACGACCUGCAGUGCUCCUGUACAUCCCAGAAUAAGACAGCGGAGGCAGAUAUGAACAGAGAUCUCAUCUCAACUAACUCCACUGUUAAAGCCAGCUUACGUCGCCUCCACCAUCCCUUUGGCACCCCUCGAGUCGUCCAACCAGACGCCAAGUUUUGUCUUCUCCACCAGUCCAGCUACCUCAGCGGAUACAGCAGAGACCGCCUCAUGCCCCUGUGGGUGUCGUACACCAUCCAGCCUCUGACCGGCGUCCGACCCCUGAGCCCAGCGUCGGAGGAGUGUGUUCGUGCUGACGUCCGCAUCCCACCGGCCUCCAGCCAGCUGUGUCUGCGCUACAGAAACGACCCCGCUCUGUCCUUUGGCCUGCUGCAUCCCCCCAAUCUGAGUGCCAACGGACCCGAGUCGGACUCUCUAAUCACGAGCAACAUGGCACCGAUGUUCCCUGCAUUUAAAGAUGUUUGGACCCACGUCCAUGAUGUCCUGCUUCCAAAAUAUUCACAACAGCUGAACGGAGUCAACGUCAUGAGCGGCCCGAUAUUCGAUGAAGACUUUGAUGGAAACGUUGAUGCUCUCAUGGCAGUUUCAGGGCAUGAGGCUCCCAUCCCGACACAUUUCUACAUGAUCCUGACCAGCUGUGGGAACUCGGCCUUCAGCCCCGUUAGCUGCGAGGGUCCCCUGCAGGCCAAGUCCUUCAUCCUGCCCCACAGACCUGACCACACUGAGAGCUGUGCUGACGGGUUGGACUUGGCGUGGGUGGAAGAUUGGCUGCAGUUGCACACGGCGCGAGUCCGAGACAUCGAGCUCCUGGCCGGACUCAGCUUCUACCACGACAGGUUAUCGGUGGAAGAGACGCUACAGCUCAAGACGUUAAUACAGACUGCUUAAAAUCAGAGACAUUAUGGAAUGAAGCUUUAAUUUCCAAAGGAAGCCAUAGUGGUCUGCACAGCAGGCCUCAGUCCGCACAGUUAGAAACGCUCCCUGUGUUCAAACACAAUCGAUCCCAACGUUAAGUUCCAUCCAAGUUUUUUUGUCUGAUGUCUGAUUACCAAAAAAAAGAAUAAUUAGUCAAUGUGUGCUAGCUGUAUAUUUGUUUUUGAUGAUGUUUUGUUGUAAAUGAUUUUAUAAAGAAAAGAGGGCAUUUUUAUAAAAGAGGCUCCGCAGCUCUGAACCAAAGACGCCGUCACAUCUGCUGAGUGGCUCCAAAGCAUUUCCUCCGAUGGGAACGAAAUAAAAAGGGAAAUGAAAGAAUCUAUUUUUACUACAGUUGCUUUUAUUGCCAAGGGGGGAGUGGGGGUGCACUUCAAGAAACACAUGACAAUCUGGAAACAGUUGUGUCUGCUGCCACACAUCUGGAGAGAAAAACACCCGACAUGAGAAUUUAAGAAAGCAAACAGAAGUUUCACCUGCCAGAUGUUUCAGCUGCCAGAUGUUUGUCAUCGUUUGUUCAUGGUUGUUAUUUUUGUAUUUUCUUUAUACGGCACCAAUGUUGUUUUAGUAGUUUGUAACUUUUUGGUUUGUUUAAUGCCAUUUUGGAUCAAUUUGUGUGUGUUUACUGUAUGAAUGGAUGGAUUAUGAGACAGUUUGCCCCUGAGCACAGACAUGUCAAAGGCCUCCCACCUCUCCUGCAUAGGAGCAAGACACCCAGACUGAAAGAGACACAAUGACUACGAACAGCGUCUCUGGUUCUCUUUGAAGUUCUUUGGCGCCUUUUUGUUGUCAUUUUGUGUCUCUUUGUAGUCGUUUUGAGGUUGUUUUACAUCCUUUUGUGGUACAUUUUGCAUCCGUUUGUUGUAGUUUUCUGUCUCUUUGUACCCAUUUAAAUAUUUUUUCUGACAUUUUACACCUCUGUGUUCGUUUUGUGUCUCAAAAGGCAAAAGAAUGUGACUUGUUUUAUAGUCAUUCUGUGUCUUUCUGUGGUUGUUUUCUCUUUGAAGUUCUUAGGCGCCUUUUUGUUGUCAUUUUAUGUCUCUUUGUAGUCGUUUUGAGGUUGUUUUACACCUUUUUGUGGUACAUUUUGCAUCAGUUUGUUGUACUUUUCUGUCUCUUUGUAGCCAUUUACACCCUUUUCUGUCAUUUUGCUUCUCUUUGUGGUCGUUUUGUGUCUCAAAAGGCAAAAUAAUGUGACUCAUUUUAUAGUCAUUUUGAAUCUUUCCGUGGUUGUUUUCUCUUUGAAGUUCUUCGGAAACAUUUUGUGUCUUUUUUUAGUCGUUUUGUGGUUGUUUUACGUCUCUUUGUGAUCCAUUUUGCAUCUGUUUGUUGUCAUUUUGCAUCUGUUGGUUGUAGUCGUCUGUCUCUUUGUAGCCAUUUAUAUAUUUUUCUGUUAUUUUGCAUCUCUUCAUGGUCGUUUUGCAUCUCUACAGGUUAAAGAAUGUGGCUCGUUUUAUACUUGUUAUGCAUCUUUCUGUGAUUGUUUUCUUUUAGAAGUUCUUUUGUUUCUUUUUAUUGUCAGUUUUGUCUCUUUCUAGUCAUUUUGUAGUUGUUUUAUGUCUUUCUGGUCAUUUUGCAUCUCUUUUAUUGUUGUUUUGUCUCUCUGGAGGCGCUUUGCAUCCUCUUUUCAAUUUGCAUCUGUUCGUAGUCAUUCUUUGUCUCUUUGUAGUCGUUUUGUGGUUGUUUUAUGUCUCUGUGGUCAUGCAUCUCUUUGUUGUCAUUUUAUAUCUCUUUGUAGUAGUUUUCUGUCUCUUUUUAACCAUUUAUGUCUUUUUCUGUUAAUUUUGCAUCCCUUCAUGGUCGUUUUGCAUCUCUAGAGGCAAAAUAAUGUGGCUUGUUUUAUACUUGUUAUGUAUCUUUCUGUGCUUGUUUUCUCUUAGAAGUUCUUUUGCGCCUUUUUGUUGUCAUUUUUUGUCUCUUUGUAAUCAUUAUGAGGUUGUUUUACAUAUUUUUGUAGUCGUUUUUUAUUUCCUUGUCAAUUUGCAUCUCUUUUUUAGUAGAUUUCUGUCUCUUUGUAGCCAUUUGAAUCUUAUCCGGGUCAUUUUGCACCUCUUCAUGAUCGUUUUGGAUCUCUUUCUUUAGUCAUUUUGCACGUCUUUACUGUUGUUUGGCGUCUCUUAGAGGUGCUUCGCAUCUCCUGAUCUAUUUGCCUGUCUUUAUAGUAAUUUUAUGUCUGUUUGUAGACAUUUACAUCUUUUUCUGGUCAUUUUUGCGUCUAUUCAUGGUCGUUUUUCUUUUAGUGACACUGCAGGUGAAGCAGAACUUGUCAGGAGCAGCUGUUGAUUGAAAAACUGCAGCUGAACUUCAGUAUUUUGUUCAAGCUGGAGAUAAGGGGAGGCUGUCUGUGCUCAGUAGUGCGUGCAUGCGUGUGUGUGUGUGUGUAUGUGCAGCUGAAGUUAUUUCUGGGAUCAACACAAUUUGUGUUCGGUAGUUUGCAGGAAAUAAGAAAAGAAGUUCAACAGAUUUAAUCAUUUCCAUCAUGUGUUCCAGCUUUCUUUUUUUUUUUUUUUGUAUUGUCAGAAACGGUCAAAUACACAAUUUCAUAUAAAAACUCUUCUACACUGA